GCUCGUCAGUCCGUCCAAGCCCCUCCCCCAGCUAGCAGCGGUCGCUAACAAGUUAGUGGUGCUAGCAGUGGCUAAGCUACAUGCUAGCUGGCGCUUUGAGAAGAUGGCAACGGACUGGCAAACUUCAGCUAUUGAGCAAGCCGAAUUGAUAUCCAGUCGUCUCAGAGAGCUGUUGUCCACCGGGGAGGGAUAUAUCCGAUCGGAGUUUGGGGUGGAAUUGGGACUGACGCCUGAGCUGUACCCGUCAUGGGCGAUUCUCUCCGCGGCGGCCGCGGUGGGGCUGCUGGUCCUGUCGUGGGCCGCGGUCUGUAGCGGACUCUUCGGUGGGAAAAAGCUAGGAGCUCCGGUUACACAAGACAGUGGUGAUUCCCUCAAGGCCCAAGUGAAUAAGAUUGUGAAGCCCGAGGCACAAAAUAAAAAGACUAAAAAGAAAUCUACUGAAAAGAAGGCUCAGUAUAAUGGACGAACAGUUCCAGAGCCUCAGGAGGAAGUGACAGAAGAAAUUACCAAACCUUCCCCAGAGAUUACAACUGAGGUGAAGAAAACCAAGAAGAAAGCCAAACCCGAGGUUAAACCAGCCAAGAGGGUUUCUGCUGGCGAUGGCAAAGAGCCUGAUGAUGGUGCGUGGGAGACUAAGGUGAGUAACCGGGAGAAGCGGCAGCAGAAGAGGAAGGAGAAGGGGCCUGACGGGUCAGGAAGCCCGGAGGGGGUGCCGGUACCUCAACGCCAGGUGGAACAGCCUCCUCUCACCGCCACGGUCAACAGGAAGAACAGAGAGCCCUUGCACCUGAGGCCUGGGAAAGGAGAUUCUUUCACGACACCAGUGUCCACCAGCUGGAGAGAGGAGCCGUCAGUGAAUGGUGGAGGGUGGCCAGAUAUCUCCAUGAAGCUGCCCACCCAUAUAUGCUCUUCAGACGGGGAGAAGUGGCCGGCCAUCCCUAAAGGACCCCGACACUUGAAAUCUGAACCCACCUGGAGACAGGACACUGAAGGGUCGUGGAGUGGGGUUGAUGGGAGGAUGAAGAAUGAACUAAACACAUUACCCUCUGUACUUGGACUGAAGACUAUAGAGCACAUCACCCAUCCUGCCUCUGAGCUGCAGUGGGAAUGCCCCUCUCCUUCUGAUGAGUGGUCAGGAUUAAGCGGUAUUGCAGCAGCGGACCCCAGCUCAGACUGGAACGCCCCUACGGAGCUGUGGGGGAACUAUGAGGGACCCCCGGUGGUAGAGGCCCCCGGCCCCCCGCCCCAGGACACUGCACCCAACCACCCCCAGGGGGCACAGGGGUCAGACGAUGACAAGGAGAAGGAUGACUCUGCCGGGGGGGCUGCCAGGUCCAAGAAGAAGAAGAAUAGGAAGAAAAAAGCUGAGGAAGGUGGUCCUACAGGCCAGGUGACCUCUGACAGCAUGACAGUCACACCAGUGGAGAGUUCAGCACUUCCCCCAGCAGGGACCAAACAGUCCAUCUCCCAGCCGUCCUCACAGAAAAUAUCCGACCCGAGCUUCGAUGCUCCCAAGCCGUCCCAGAAGAAGAAGAGCCGGAAAGAGACAGGAAGUUAAGAAACAAGAACCCACAUGAAUUAUUAUGCAAAAGGAUUGUUCAAUGUGUUAUAAAUGCAAUCAAUCAUUUGCAAGUACAGACUUUUAUACAGAAUAGUUUGACUGUACUUUUUAAAUAUCCCCAAAAAAGAGAGAACAGCUCAUUUAGCUGGGGACUGGUCCUAUCAGGGGACCAGUCCCCUAACCUAUUACACUAAAUGCUACACUGAAGUGGAAUAGGGGGUUUAGGAGGGAGGUUGUUAACUUGCGGUGAGGUAGAAGUUUGUGAAUUAUUCAAAAGUAGCCUGUGUACCGGAGUCCUAGCUAGCUAGCUGGUACAGUGUCGCCCCACCUCCCACCUGUGUACCGGAGUCCUAGCUAGCUAGCUGGUACGGUGUCGCCCCCCACCUCCUGCCUGUGUACCAGAGUCCUAGCUAGCUAGCUAGUACAGUGUGUGUGUCCCCACCUCCUGCCUGUGUACCAGAGUCCUAGCUAGCUAGCUAGUACAGUGUGUGUGUGUCCCCACCUCAUGCCUGUGUACCAGAGUCCUAGCUAGCUAGCUAGUACAGUGUCGCCCCCCCACCUCCUGCCUGUGUACCAGAGUCCUAGCUAGCUAGCUGGUACAGUGUCGCCCCACCUCCCACCUGUGUACCGGAGUCCGAGCUAGCUAGCUGGUACAGUGUCGCCCCACCUCCCACCUAUGUACCAGAGUCCUAGCUAGCUAGCUGGUACAGUGUCGCCCCCACCUCCUGCAUGUGUACCAGAGUCCUAGCUAGCUAGUACAGUGUCGCCCCCACCUCCUGCCUGUGUACCAGAGUCCUAGCUAGCUGCUGGUACAGUGUCGCCCCACCUCCCGCCUGUGUACCGGGGUCCUAGCUAGCUAGCUGGUACAGUGUCGCCCC